GGACAUCACCGGCAAGUGUCCGCAGGUUCCAGCUUCUUGGGCGAAGAAGAGGACGCGGGAGAGGCCUGCGCGCUGGUAGGCCACGACGAUGGCCUCAUUCAGCUACUAGACAUUGCGACUGGAGCCGAGAAGCUGAAGCUGGAUGGUCACAAGGAUUACAUCAGCUGCAUGCAGGCCCACUGGGCCACAAAUGAGGCCGUCAGCACCUCUGGUGAUGGGGCUGUCUUCUACUGGAACCUGCAUACGGGAGCAGGCACCGAAAUGCCCCCGCCGGAGGGACAUCCCCGAAGCAGCAUCCGCACGCUUGCCUGCGAUUGGGCCGGCAAGCGCGCCAUCACCGGGAACGACGACGGAUACUUCGUGAUGUGGGACCUCGAGGAGCAGAUAGGACAACGAACUCUGAACUGCAAGGUGGGAAUGAUACUCUCACUGUAUCCCGACUGGAACAAGAUGCGGAUACUCGUGGGUCACGGCGACUCGGACCUGGACCUGCUUAGCAUGAACGAUGGUGCAAGGAUCAAAGCAUAUCCGAUCAA